ACGGGAACUUUAGUUUGAAAAUUUCAACCAUCUCAGUCGGUCUCAGGGAAAUUGUGCGGGAAUAGUAAAUUAAAAUGAAAUCAGUAAUUUUGAUAUUAGGUGCUAUACUGGCGGUAUGUGUAGCCCAGAACAAUGUUGACUGGGCACAGGUUCGAAGAAUCCAUGAGGCACCUGCCUUCUUCGAAGAAUUUCCGUAUCUACAGGCGCUGUUCCCAAUGUACAAUGCGGUCAAUUUAAACGAAACUGAAGGUCAUACGUCCACUCGGAAUCAGUUCAAUUAUAUCGUUGGAUUGGUAUUGAAUACACCAGACAGUACAGGCUUUUGUUCGGGAGCACUUAUUUCUACACAAUGGAUUGUUACAGCCGGACAUUGCUUGCACAGAGUAACCACUGGUAUUGCGGUUUUGGGAGCAAACUCCAUUCGUAAUAAUGGAGAAGCGGGUCAGACGAGACAAGCACUUGCUGCUGGAAGCUUUUUCACGCACUCUGGCUGGAAUGGCCUAAGACUCACUGAUGAUGUUGGCUUAGUUCGACUUGCGACUGCCGUCGUACCAAACGUGAACGUUGGAAUUGUUCGUUUACCUAAUAUUCGCCAAGUACCAACCACCUACACCAACCAAUUAGCAACAACUCCCGGUUGGGGACGUGGAUUGUUCUUAAAUGCUACCACAACCGUUUCGUUGCUGUGGCGUCAAACAGUAAUAGCACCAUCAUUGCUUUGCAAUUUACAACAUGUCGGUUUACUCGAGUCAUCACAAUUAUGCGCAGCUCAAGUUCCAGAUCCCAAUUUAACCAAUCAUUGUCCAAAUGAAUCUGGCAGCCCUAUGGUUGUUGUAGAAGCCGACAAUAAUCCAACACUUAUCGGCAUUUCCGCAUUUACUUCUGGUCUGGGAUGUAAUGGUAAUCGGUCGACAAUAUACCUUCGCAUUUCCUUCUACUUGCGGUGGAUUCAAGAAGUUAGUGGAAUUAAUAUUGCACAGGAUUUCGUUUUUUAAUCUAUUGGAUCGACUGAAUCGGGGAUGAAGUAAAAAUGAUUAUUUCAAUAAAUUUGAUGCGUCGACUUUGAA